UAAUUAAACAUUCAUUUCCAUCCAUCAUUCAUCAUUAUAUUUUAAACCUGAGUAUUUUUGAAUCAAUUUAAGUUUAAAUAGUUCUCGAUUUACCUAGUCCUUUUCCUAAUAGAGGCUAUUUAAUCCAUUUACAUAAAGCAAUUUACGAUAAUAUUUUAAAAUUAAAAUUACAGUCUAUAUAGGACCUAGAUAACCUAGCUAUGGACCAAAAGGAGAAAGAAAUGGAAGCAGCGGCGACUCCGGGAGCUGAAGGACCCCCAGAAGAGGCAAUAAAAGUUGUGGGGUGCGCUCAUUACAAAAGAAAGUCAAAAUUUGUUUCUCCCUGUUGUAAAAAAGUCUACACUUGCCGUUUCUGCCACGACGAAAAGGAGGAUCACACAAUGAAUAGAAAGGAAGUAACUGAAUUAAUAUGCACAGUAUGUGAAGAAAGACAACCAGUACAAGCUGAUUGUAAGAAGUGUGGUAUAAGAUUUGGAAAGUAUGUAUGUCUAGAAUGUAACCUGUUUGAUGAUGAGGAAAAAAAUCAAUUUCACUGCCAGGGAUGUGGAAUUUGUAGAAUAGGUGGGGCUGAUAGAUUCUUCCAUUGUAAAAAAUGUAAUAUGUGUUUGCCUGUACUCCUCAAAAAUGGACAUCAGUGUGUAGAAAAUGUGUCAAGAGCCAACUGUCCAGUUUGCCUAGAGGAUAUCCACACAUCUAGAAUACCUUGCCACAUACCAAUGUGUGGACACUUGCUUCACCGGACAUGCUUUGAACAACUCUUACAAGCUGGACAUUAUGCUUGCCCUAUCUGCCAAACAUCUCUUAUGGAUAUGUCACAGCUUUGGAAAUAUCUGGACCAGCAAGUGGCUAAUACACCUAUGCCCACCGAAUAUAAGGAUUAUGUGGUUCAUAUUCUUUGUAAGGACUGCCAUAAGGAAUGUAUGGUACCUUUUCAUGUGGUAGGGUUUAAAUGUUCUCAUUGUGGUUCCUAUAAUACUUGCAGAAUUAAAGGACCUAUUAAUCCUUCUGUUUCGUCCCCAUCUGGUCAAGUAUCCCUUGGUGAGGGCAGCAAUAGCGGCGGCGGGAAUAACAAUCAACCUGAAGAAAACAACACCAAUCAGCGACCGCCUUUAUCUCAGUAACAUUUACUGAUCUUAGGUGUGGUAAUUUUCCUUGUUUGCUCGCUUGUGAUUUUUUUACUGCUCAUGCUAUUUAAACCUUUUGAGUAUCUUGUUAGAUUUUAAGGAAGUUUUUAUGAUAUUCAAUUGCCACAUAAAAUGCAUCACGACAGAAAGUGCACAACAAGUCAAUGGAUGUGUUUUUUGUUAGUUGAUAACUAUAGGUCAAUUCUUAUAUGUACAAAAUUAUUCAACUAGAAAUUAUUAUUUGGCUGUUGUUAACAUUUAUAUAGUAGCUGUACAUAUAAUAAGCGGCUUCUUGUGGUAAAAAGUACAGAUAAUAAUAAUUAUUGUGAGACUUAACCAAAUCGUAAAAUGUAAUAAAAUUUUUAGGAUUAAUCAUAACAUCUAGGAGAAAAUUUAGGUCUUAAUUUAUUAUCCGGAAUUUACUUAAUUUUAAUUUUAAACAUGUUAAUCAAAGUUUCAGAUCUAACUAAACUUUAAAUUCGAUUAAAAUUACUAAACUUUUA